GUUAAAAGUUUUGUAAAAUAAUUAAAAAACACAUAAAAUUAGGAAACAUUUUUCCCAAAAAUAAUUCGUUCUCCGAGAGACCCAACCACAGUGAGGUGUGACAGCUGACAGAUAAACGAUAUAUCAAGGCGCGCAAUUUUCAUUUGUUUGUUCACUUUCGGUGGAGUAAAACCUUUAUUAUUAUUUGUGCGAUUCUUCUACAUCAAGUUAUCUUAUGUUCAUAGAUGUAACUACAUUUAAUUGUGCUGUGAAUUUGUACGAAUGCGUCCCAGCGUUACAUUUUUCGAGUCAACAAAAUGGCAUCGGAUUUAGGUACCUGUUUGCGGCAACUGAAAGCUUGCCUCGAUACGCAACAGACCCCACAUGCCCGCAGCAUCAUUCAUCGUAUCACACAGCUGAUUGUUGAAAAAGUCGAUGAAAGCACCGCAGAAACAGACUUUAAUCUAGAAUGUAUGUUUACGGCACCGAACGGAUUGAUGGCAUUUUUGGAAAAAGCGUUUUCCAGUGCGAAACACUUUGCCAAAGCAAUCGAUGAUACGUUUGAAUUGUUUCGCAAAGUGAUCGAGAAAUAUUCUGCACUGCUUGGCAAACGGAUGACGAUCAUUGUGCCGAUGACACUUCGUUACAUUCAAUCAUCCUCUGUACCGGCUCGGUCACGCGAGUUGGCAACACUCGUGCUACAGGACAGCAUCGCGUAUGGAUGCCUGCAAGCCGCUACCUAUGACAAGCUUGACCAGCUACCCAGAGAGCUUCUGAUGGUUUUUCCACAAGGAAAGUUGCCGAAUCGUUUCCAGCAAAACCUUUACGAGCUGUUGGGCCAGCUAGCAAAGCACUUUCCAGAGAGUGUAACCGAACCGGACACAAUACGGGACAUACUCAUGAAGGCGAUGGAAAAACAAUUACUAGAGGAAAAUUAUCCUUCGCUAGUAUCACUGGCAGGAGCAGUUCGAGGAUUAGACUAUUUUCUUGUUCAUUUCGCACCUUCGGAGAGUGAACGAGAGUUACGCCAAAGAUUGUACCUAAUGGUAAAGAAACUUUCCAUCUGGGAUGUAAACCGAUCCGAGCGGAUCGUUUUCCGCAAUGCGCUACAGGUACUGGCAAACCAUGCACCUUUAUUUACGUCACAUCUUUAUCUGGACCAUGUGCACUGGCAGACAAUGCUCGCUGGUAAAUGGAUUAAAUCAACCAAUCAGGAUGAUAGGCAAAUUGGCAUUAACGCUAUGUACGCUUUUCACGGAGAAAUUGCACGCGUACUUUCCAAUCCAGAACUAAUGGAGGGGAGCGACCGAGCGUGUCCAUCGACGGUGGAUGUUUUGAAUCAGUAUGUGGCGUACUAUCGGAAGCUGCUGAAUUCGCCUAAUGCGGAUCAGUACGAGAUACGGAUGGCUAUUCGCGGAUUCGGUAUUAUGGCCGGCCCUUGCCAACAGCUAGCCGAAUCGAGUGUAACCCUGAACGAGUUGCUUACGAUCGUACUGCAGCGCAUCGACGGGAUAUGUGAGCGAUCGGUUUCAACUGCAGGAGAUAUGCUUACAUUUUUACCAGACUUUAUACAGUCCCUGUCGGAGAUUCUUACCCAUGCCAAACAACUAACAACGAUACAGCUCGUCUCGGUAGAAACGAUGACCGUUGCUUUGGUGCGCGAUUUUCAUCAUCUCUCUAUGGUACAUCAUGAACUGAUCGUAAAAUCGCUUGUGUGUAUGCUUGAAAACAUUGGAAAACUGGGCGGAAGUACACGCGAUCAGCUACUCGACAGUGUACUGCUUCAAGGAAUUGUUUGGAGUUGUACGCAUGCAUUGCCUUUUGGUUCGCUAGUGCCACCCGUACUCACGUCAGCCGCUGGCACUGAUGACGGUGUCCAAAAAACAGAUUGGAAACGAGAUUUUGUGACGUAUAAAAAUUAUCUUCCCCUUUGGCAGGGGCUUCUCGUUAAAGCACAAGCCGCACAAGACACGUCCUUAGUGCGAGCGAUCUACCGUGCCUUCAUGAAUACGCUGUUUGUGAUAGUGGAGAAGCUUGAUCUAUCUACCCGUAAACGAACCUUCCAGGAUGAUGAUGGACAGCAACGGGAGCUGUAUUUUUGCGAUCCCAACAUCGAUCUCAUUCCGAUCAAACCCAAGGAUUAUCAUAUCUUCCUCAACCUGGUGGAACUGUAUCGGGAUGUUUUGCACGGAUCGCAAACACCAACUGGUGUACGGGAACUCUUCACCGAUUGGAUUCGUCCGUAUUUCGAAAGAUUUGUCAAAGCAUCGCUCGAACGUCCGUUGGUGAGUGGAUUUGUAAAGCUGAUCGAAAUGGGACUCGGUACGGCAGCAGCAAUUGGAUACUUCGAUCACCGGGAAGAUUCACCGAUUGACACGGAUGUACGUUCGAUCCAACUGGUGCUGAUGUACUAUCUGGAACAAACCAUACAAAGAGCUUUACAUGCAGUCGGAGAGCUUCAGCUUGCCUGUCUCCGGUUCGUAUUGAAUGCUCCAGUUCGUUUGUUGCUCGAUUUCGUUGAAGAUGAAACCCGAAAGCAGCCGCUAAUGGUGGAAGUGUUCCGGACAGCUUUUCGCAUCGGGCGUGGCUUGCUUUCGAUUGCUCGUGUGGCGCUCUACUCCCUUCAGCGUAUUGUACGUUUCCGCUAUCCCGCGAUGAAGGCAACGUUACGAGAGCAACUGCUACGACAAGUUCUACCGAUGUUGGAACCAUUUUUGCGCACACGUGACUCAACCCAACCACCUGCCCAAAGUUUGCGUUUGGCCAAGUUUAAGCGUCACCGAACGGCUAAUGUAGCUGUCGAAAAAAUCGAACGCAUUAAGCAACAGCACCGAAUCGAACAGACGGUGGACACAAGCGAACUCGUUACGUUUCAGAUGCGAAUUUUAAACUUUUUAGGCGAUUUGCAACCGAACGAAUGUUGCUGGUUGGUGGCGGACGAGCUAGAAAGAGCAGAUAACCCGGUGUGGAGCGAGUUGGACAAGAGUUCUUUGACGCGAUGGGAUGCGGAUAGUGGAAGAUCGCUCGAGUUACGAUUACUGUGUGAGAAUGGAACGCGCCCAUGCAUCAAAUUGGACGGAAUUGUUAGCCGUGUUUGUCAGCUGGCCGUGGAGUGUAGCGACCGUGCCACAAAGCUAACUGCUUGCGAGCUUCUGCACACUAUCGUGCUAUAUAUGUUGGGCAUCAACUAUCAGGAUCAACUGGACAGCUUAUGGACGCACUUAUGCCAACAUCUACUACAACUGAGCUGCGAUACCGACUUGGCCGUGUGUCAGAUGUUCGAACCAUUGCUUUUCCAAAUCAUCCAUUUCGUGACGCAGCCAUCGAAACUCAACCAGCAAGGUACGAGAGCACUGUUAGACUGUUUGAUGGCUGGAACCUUCAACGUACAGCAUAGCAAUAUCCGGGAUCUUUCCAUACGCUGUUUGCGCGAGUUUCUGCAGUGGACCAACCGGCAAAGUGGAAGCAAUCAAUCCUCGAACGAUCGUCGGAAGAUCAAGAACGCACUGCUGGACCAGCUUAAAUCGCAUGCAUUAGAAUCGAAUGCCUCGCAUCGAUUUGGUUCCGUGCUGGCCUUUAAUAAUUUGUUCCGGUUGCUUUUGCAACACGAUUUUCAAAUCGUGCACUACAGCUUUGAGCUUAUGCAUUCGUACGCGAUUGGACUUAUUGUGACGGAAGAGCAGAGUGGUUUCGAGGUGUCACAAGCAAACGAUGCUAUCGUGGAACAGUUUCUGCUGACAUUGGAACAUCUUGGGAAAUUGGUUGAGCAUCGUAAAACGUUAUUUAACCAACAACGUAAUGAACAGUACCGCUCGGAAUAUCGUCAGCUUGUACCGCCGGAUAUCGGUGGUGGUGAGCUGAAAGACCUUGUGCGCUGGUUGUUCCGACAAUGUGCCGCACGUCAGCGACUUUAUCGGCGCAAAUGUAUGCAGCUAUUCACUCGACUUGCUAGGACCGUACGGGAUGUAACGAGUGGAGAACAUUUUCUUAACCAACAUUUUACCUCGGACCAGAUCAAAACGAUCUGUCUUCACGGUGAUGCUGUGCAGGGUGUCGAACAGGCUCCUACACUGACUAGUUUGGCGGACGAACAGUCGAACACGUUCGUGGUCAACUUAUACCUAUGGCUGGAGUACCUUCUUGCAACGCUCGAUAUGUACUGUUGGUUGCAGAGCGAAACGCUAGUCAAGACAGAACUGUUACAAAUGCUGCUGUGCCACAUUUUGCCCGCCGUACAAUGUUUCCUCCAAUCAGUGGUCGAUUUUUCAGUGCAUGAAAUACUGUCGCAGGUUAAUAGUUUGCAGUUGUCAGAAAUUAACUUGAGCUCUUACGAGCAACGCAUGAAUGCGGAUAAAAUUGUACGGUUCGAUGCACUGAAGUCAGCUGUCGUUGUGCAAAUCGUUGAUCUGUUUGUUUUGCUGCUUUCCUUCACCGGUACCAUGGAGGGAAAUAUUCCCAACGAAAUUUUGGAGCUAUGGCAGGAGCAACCUACGAUCAAUUUUCUACUGGCGCUUAUAUUCAAGCCGCAUCAGCUCGGGAUAGAUUCCAAUGGUGCGGCGCAGGAAGACAAACGACGUUUAGUUCAACUGGAAGAAUUGAUAGUGCAGCUUGUGAAACGUUGUAAUCAUCAUGUCGGGCAGCACUUUGCCAGUUCUCUGUUCGAAAAACUCGUAACGGUGAUGGAGGAUCUUGGAGACCGCAUGAAAACGCUUCUAACCCUGAGAACAAUCCAUGUAGCUGAUCAGAGAAGUGCGAAAGGGUUGCUAUUUAUAGCGAAACAACAAAGAACUCGUUACGAGGAUGAGCACAUGACGAGUGAGACCAAAACACGCAUUCAACAGAGUGCCCGGAAACUGCUUAUUGAUUGUUUCGAUGCCAUCGGCCAAGAGGGCGUGUGUUUGGUGCUUCGUCCAUCUGCAGCACGCUUUGGUACGAUCGUUUUAGAAGCAAUCUUUAGCAUGUCCAAUGUCUUUGAGCACAAUGAUACCGAUGGUCUAGUGCAUUCAACUAUUUCUUGCUGUUUAAGCAAGGACAUGCUACGGCCGAACAUUUCCCAUGGCGAACACUUUCUCGUUUGCUUCGGCUCGGCUGUGUAUGAAAUGUUUCUCAUGAAACCUUCUGAAUGCUUGCACGCGCUCUUAAAAGGACUAGAUACGGAUAACUUCACAUGCAUCGUUCGAAUCCUGUGCAACUUGAUGGAUUAUAGCUAUCGGAAGCAAACAGCAAACAAGGACCGGUUGGAAAAUCUGUUAGAAACCAUGGUUAACGGUUGGUCUCAACUAUUUGCGUAUUCGCGCCAACAGUCAAACGUUUUCGGAGCGUGUGAUCUACAGAUGAUCGAGCUGAUGACCAACAUCGCGAUGAUCUGCCCAUUUCCUUUGCAUGAAAUUCGCAACAAAGUAGGAUCCAACUACGAGCAGUGGUUAACUGAGCUAAUAGGAAAUUCCCGGUCAGAGGUCUCCAUAGAGUUGAAGGCGAAAGCGUUAGUACUGUUACCGACCGUGCUUGGGCCGGGUGGCACUACGGAGUCACACUGGGAACAGUUUGAUAAUGCUCUCGAAAAGCUGCAGACAUUACACUUUCCGCUCCGUUCGACAGAGUUUCCACCAAACAGUCCAAAACGGGUUGGAUUUCUAAACUGUCUCGACCGUUUGCUUGACGCGAUGAUCGUUUCCCGUUCACCGUUGCUUCUGAAAGUGAUCAUACAAAUGACGGCACCGGAUGGUGAGGGACACAUUGCCGAAAGUCAGAUUCGUAGUGCCAUCGAGCGGUUUUUCUUCGAUCAACCGUACGAGAUGCAGUGUGAGCGACUGCAGGAACUAUGGGAACUGUUUGCAAACCAGGACUAUGCACCGAGCGUUCGCGAAACGAUACUAAGACGAUAUCUAUGCACCGCACUGUGGCACUGCCGGUAUGAUACGAUCGUGGAGUUUUACAAGCGUACCAUUCGUACCAUCUCUAACUUCACCACGGUAGACAUAAAUGGGCGUUCCGGUUGGGAUUUGGAGCAUACGCUCGUUAACCUUGCAGCUGCCUUUCGAUUGAUUGAGCAUUAUGCUGCUCUGCUGCCUAAAAAUAUGCUGACGAGCGACAAUUUUUCCGUAGCUGUAGAGCUUUAUGGGUCGGCAAAGGAUGGGGAAGCUCCUGUACGAGGCAAACGAUUGGUGGGUGACUUCAGCAAACGAGCACACAGCGUCCGACGGAUCGUAUGUCCAUCGAAUGACAGUACCGUGCUGGAGCUAUUCCGCAAGUACCAGUGUGCCGCUUACCGGGCAUUGGUAGCACUGAUUUCCAACACGAAUGACGACGCCCGCAUGUACUCAGUGCUAUUGUUUCGAGAGAGUCGUGAAAAAGGCGAAUAUCUAUGGCGUCAUUUGAUUGACUGUAGUAAUGACGAACUAUACCUGGAAGGAAGCCAAGAACAGGAACAAACAGUUCGUACAAUCAUCAAGCGAGUGGCAAUAAGGAAAGAAGGUGAAAAUCCAACGUCCCAACUAGCGAUCUCGAAGGAUCCCGGGCUGUCGGUUGUAAGGGAGUCCUCAAUGAGUCAACAGGUUUUCCGUUUCGAUAUGAACCACUCCGUGGCGCUCUCGGCUCGCGAGGUAGCCCAAAGGGAUGCGGCUGAGCUGGCCAAGCGGCAAAAGGGAACACUCUCAAACAUUUCGCUCGAGCGAACUAAAAUCAACGAGCACGAGGUAAUGGCAACGGUUUGCGGAUGCAUUCGGCAUAUGGUCGCUACCAAGGUGGCGCUGGAUACGGUAGUACACUUUCUCGCAGGCUCGUUGAACGAUCCGGGACAACCGAAAAACGUACGUCUGCUUCUAGCGAAGGUGAUCGAUAAUUGCCGCAAGGAGCUAGAACCACACGCAGCCGUGUUGUUGUGUCCAAUGAUGCAGCUCAUUGUGGAUGGGUGUAAAGUGCGUGGCUUGAGCCCGCUCCUUACAGACUUGAUUGCGCUAGUACUGGAAUGGAAUGCUGGCAGUGUGGCUGAUGAAACUAGAAGAGCAGGAGCGGUCGCGGAAUCUGCUUCGCUAGCGAGUGUACUUCUACGAUUUCUUAUGAAUCACGCCUGUCAGCAGCAAGGUACACGAAACACUUCGGCAAAGGUGUUACGAUUGAAUCUGGAACUGAUACAGGAGUUGAUAUCACAAUGGCACGAUGCUCUAAUUGUUCCAGCGGAACUUCUCUUUGAAAUGAUAUCCAGUAGGCAGCAAUUGCAAUCCGAGGAACGAUCCCAGCUCCAACUGAUCGCCGGUCUACAGUUGGGUACAGUAGUUCUCACCAAGGGACGAGGUCACUUAGUGCCCUGGAUGGAAAGCACAAAGCGGGAAUAUUUGGGUGCGAUUUUACGCUGUCUAGAUCUGCCCGACAGCCAGAGCUUCAAAUCUGCUUCUCUGCUGUUAGGUCACAGUUUGGCACGUCUCUAUCCCGAUGGUCUGCCGGAAGAACAGAACGUGAGUGGCGAGGAACACUUGCAUGUCGAAUGCAUUGCCAAGCUUUCCUGCAUACAGCGUGAAUACGAUCGAAAAUUUGCUGAAAUAUUAUACGAAAUAGCUAAAGGCUUUCCCUCGAUCGUCGAUCCAUUUCUGUCUGUCCUAAGCCAUCGAUUUCCCGCAGCUGCCGUUCCAGAGAAACGCAUGUAUCUGGAUUUGCUGCUCGGUGGACGGCUGGAGAAGUUUAACGAUGAGCUAUUCCGGGAGCUCUCGUCGAUGGAGUUAAUGUUGCUAUUGCGGGAUAAUGAGCUUCAAUUGUCCACAUUGCAUUUACUAAAUCGUUCACUUCCACUAGUGCGUGAAUUGCAGCACGUGCAGCAACUAAUUGAACCGGUUGGUCGUGUUACAUCGGAACCAAGCACACGUACCGAGUGUCGGGCGGUGGCGUACGAAAUUUUAAUCUACAUCCAUGAACGCAAUUUUGCCGAGCUAUCAGUGGACUUUCAACGCACUCUAUGGAGGUACCUGAUACGAGGCUUAUGUGGAAUACAGGAUACCGAUACCAUGAGCAUCUCCAUACGUGCAAGAAUUCUCGAAUAUCUCAUCGACGGUGGUAAGAUGCCGAAUGAUCUAAAGGAACGUUUCUUGUUUUUGCUAGCGGAAAUGUACGAUCCAGCCGUAGAGGCGGAGUUCCUCGGCAGUGCAGUUGCGCUGCUGCUCGAUCCGGCAAUUCGUUGUCGAGAGUCUAAGGAUCGAUUGUUUCUGCACGAGUAUCUGAAUGCGGACGUUAAGUUUAACGAGUACACCAUCGAAACAGCAGCUCGACAGCGUCAUACGAUGACCCUUCUAACACCAAUGUUUGCGGAAACCUCUCAACAACGGCAGCUACAAUCUUUCAUCACAGGAAAAGGCUCCCAGAUGGAGCAACUAAUAAGAGCUACUCAGUUUUCCGGGUUGGACCGUACGGCGCCAAAUGAAGACGGUGUACAUUUUGAACCAACGCAGGACCCGACAAAGUUCAUCAAAGGGCAUGAAACUUUUGCAAUGCCAACGCAACAUUCACUUAUGUUGGAGGCCAGCACAUUACAGCUGGACCGUCGAUCACAGCGUACGGGAAAAAUCACCGAAAUGACACAACAGGACCGCACGUUCGAGCGUUUGCGAAAACGCAUUCUGAAGGAUAGUGGAGCGAAUCGGCAACAGAAUACAACCUGGGCUGUGAGCCGCCAUUACUCCAACCAGCGGCAACAAGCGGAACGUCGGCGAGAGAGUGCAUCACAGGUUACACUCUAUCGGCGAUACCGACUUGCCGAUUAUCCCGAUCUUCAGAUCAAUCUGCUAGCGUUUCUGUUACCCUUGCAGGCUCUCUGUCGUCGCGAUACAGCAUGCGCUAGGCAAAUUUUUGUGUCCAUCUUUAACGGGCUAGUGGAAUGCUUUGUGUCGGGAGAUGCUGCAGGACGCACCGUGCGAAUGGUUGGUGACGAGUGGGAUCGUUUUGUAGAUCGGCUAGAUGGAUCGUUACAUCGAAUUCUGGAGUCGAGCAAAACCAGUGAUCCUAACCUUUUCGGUGGUUUGAUCGAAUUGACACUAGGCAAAGCGUCGGGCAAGUUUACGCUUUCUCCUCGCACCGUAGCCGCUGUGGCGGGUUCAUCCAACAUGCUCACGAUGGGUGCGCUAUAUUUGGAGGCAAAACUCGCGGACGGUGAUGACUUUGAUAGCGAACCGGUACGUACCGCUGGGUGCAUCACAUCGGAGGCGGAACACUGGCUGCAGUUGUCCACCUUGUACCAUGCGCUACACGAGCACAGCGUAAUGGUGGGCAUAUUCGCCGAAAAGCUCGACUGUGAUCCAAAGCUGCGGGAAGCAAUUGAACUGGAAGCACUUGGGCGCUACAAAUCAGCACAUCGAGCGUACUAUGAGCUGCUAAUGCGUGUAAGCCAGGCUCGCGUUGAGGAACGCAACUUCUGCUACAAGUCUGCCUUUAAUUGUUUGGUACAGCUCGGACAGUGGGACACGCUGCUGGAUGAGAUCGGCAAUCAGGUGACGAAUCAUGAGCAGCUGUGGAGUGACGAGUGGAAUUUGGAAAAUUUGUUACCGAACUACGUGCAUGGUAAUGUGGCACGUGUAUUAACCGGUAAUGCAGCUGCACGCGAGUUUUAUCACAUACUCCAACAAUGGCUGCACGUCCCAGAUCGGGCUGAACACAUCCGAACGCAGUUCGGCGAGGAACUAACGGCGCUGUACAUAUCCGGCCAAGAAAUGGUACGGGCUCGCUUGUUCGGCGAACAGACACAGCGACAAUUCCUUGAUGAAUGGCACUGUGCCGGCGUGCUGUCGAUAUUAGUGCGUGUCGAUUGUUUGCUUAGCGUGCGCAAAGUCGUUGAGCUGAUUACCUACAGCGAGUUGUUGGAGCGGUCGACCGACAAACUGGAGCAGGCUAUCGGUGGUUUAAUUAUCUCAUGGCAAAAUGCACACCCGGCACUGACGGAUUCGCUCGUUACCUGGGACACUAUAGUAGCGUACCGUAAAUUCCUGUUGGCAAAGCUCGAAACAAAAUGCUCCGAACAGGAGAAUAUCGUUGGUAACGUUUCCAUACUAUACACGUUGCUGUACGAACUGCAACUGCGGCUGGUGGACGUGGCAUUCGAGCAGAACAACGUUCAGUAUGCCGGGAAACUUAUUGCAAGUCUGCGAACCGCUGAAUCGUCUACGGGUUUAAGCAAGCCGGCAAAGGAACAAGCGCUACGAAGAAAAAUAGCCCAUAUUCGGCAUGAUCGCCUACGACAAGUAGACGCAUCGUCCAAUGUAACGUCGGGAUUGCUGCGCGAGUUUAGGCAACAGAUGAAGCUCAACAAACAGCUGGAAUCCAUCGAGAAUGAGCCCGAUAUGAGGCGAGUGAAGCGAAUCGCAUGGACAGAAUUUUUCCAGUUUGCAGACUCUGUUAGGAAGAUGAUCAAGAGUUCUAAUGAAGACAUUACACCAGAGCAUACAUCGGUCAUAGAGAACAUUAUUGAAACUGUAAUGAUCCUGCCGGCUGAUCCGAUGAACAGUGAGGAUGUGACGUUAAGUGAAAGAUUAACUCGCUUUUCGACGUACUGUUUGCAGCGUAGUAUAGAUGUGCUGUUGCCUGAUCUACCUAGUUCCACUGAUAGGCACAGCAAUGAUGACACUCUGUUGGAGCUCGCGGAAGCUCACCUUCGCUUAGCCCGUUACUGUUACGAAGAGCUUAACCCGGAACGAAACGAAACGGAGGAACUGCCAGUUGAACGGCUUUUAGUAACGUCCCUUCUGCCCGCGAUUAAAUAUGGUUCCCGAGAGGCUAGACAUCUAUUUCCGGUAUUGUUACAGUUACGAAAUCUACAGAACAAUGUUCUGUGCAACGAAUUCCAGGAACACUCGUGUACGGUACCGUCGUGGAGCUAUCUCCAGUGGAUUCCCCAGUUGCUGUCGUACAUGAAGAUCACGUCCGACGCAUUCGGAUCUCACGAAGCACCGGUUGAAGGACAUUUUCUGGAUGAACUUUUGAUGCGACUCGUUAAGGAGUACCCAAUGGCACUCUAUUACCCAGCCCAUCUUAUACUGAGCAACACCGAAGGUCCUGUCCGUCCUGUUGUGAUGCAGUUUCGGGAUGCAUUAAAUUUCCCCAUGCUGGAUCGCUUCGUCGAUGAACUGUAUCGUGUGGUUAUGCCGGAAACAAGGAUCCAUUGCAUGAUAGGGGAGUUGAAAAGUCAUCUGGAUAGCUUCUCCGAACCGGCUGCCUAUCAAACCUUUAUUGAACGAACCGUGCCGGAUGUGUUUCCCGCAGACGCUAACGAUCUGUGGCGAUAUGGACAAGCGUACCGAGCAGCAUGGCCACUAGUGGAUAGUUUUCGUGCGCUGAAGCAUCUCCAUCCAGUGGACGAGCGAGAUGUGAUCUUGCAGAAGUUACAGGAACUGGACAGUGCGGUUCAAUCGAUGCAACCUCGCACCAAAACCAAACCCAUACCGUUGGAGGACCUUUCACCGUGGCUAGCGGAUUACCAUUGCAGCGGUACGCGUGGUCAGCAAGGUGAAUUAGCCGUCGAGAUACCGGGCCAGUAUGGAGACACAGAGCGUGGCAUACCUAACCCGUCCCAGCACGUGACCAUUUUGAAAGUUGUACCGGAUGUGGUAGUGUUUGGAACGCUUCGCCUGCCAAUACAAAUAACGUUCCGAAGUAGCAAUGGACGGCAGUAUCGCUUCUUGGCCAAGUUUGGCGAAGAUCUCCGACAGGAUCAACGUAUCCAGCAGCUGCAGCGUGAGAUAACGCACCGGUUGCGUUCGGAUCGACACUGCCGAGCACACCAGUUACUGUUGCGCACGUACGCAGUUGUUCCGAUACGGUCCGAUUUCGGUUUGCUCGGUUGGCUGGAAGGUACAGUAGCAUUGAGUGAAAUUGCGAAACAGGCUGCACCGCGUUACAACCCCGGUGAUCGGGGACGGGCACACGUGGUCGAAGAAUAUGGCCGCUUUCUGCUGAGCAUCUCAGACGCGAAUACAACGACGGGCGAAUCGUUCAAUACGACCGCCUGCAAUUCACCAUCUUUGUACGGAAUGGCCGCGGCUUACGCUAUGCCCGAACAGCUGCGAUCGAAAUUUGUCGAACUGGCGCAAAAGAUUCGCUCGUGUACGCUCAAACGUGCGCUGUAUGAUAUGGCCGCCUCGCCCGAGUCCUUCUAUCGGUUGCGCAUGAACUUUGCGAAAAGUUUGGCCACGAUGAACGUUACCUGCUGGGCGCUCGGAAUAGGUGAUCGACACUUGAGCAAUAUUUUGCUGGAACGAGCGACCGGCAUCCUGGUGGGUGUAGACUUUGGCAUCGCGUUCGGUGCCGGUACACGCAAUCUUCCCGUACCGGAGCUGGUACCGUUCCGGCUUACGACCCAGUUCGUUGGGGUAGUGGAACCCAUGCGAGUGGCCGGUAUUUUGCAGAAGUGUCAUCUACACACGCUGCAGUGUUUGCGCGACUCUCGCAUGCUACUUCGUGCCUGUUUGGAGGUGUUUAUUCGUGAACCGACAGUCGACUGGCUAAAGGCCGUUCGGAAACGAGUGGAUGAGAAUGCAGGCAAUGAACGUUCGUCCGUACAGCACGACAAAGAAUGGAAUCCUCAGGUGCGUGUAAAUACGGUUCUGCGCAAGCUCGACGGUGCUAGUCCGAAGCAAUUGUUGAUGGAAGAGCUGCGAUACGGGGUCGUUGCUCAACAGAGGGAGUUUUUGGUAGGAUACCUGUCGCUGGUUAAUGCGUCAGCCCCCGUGAGCACUGAAAAGGCUGGCCGUGCCAAGGUACUUUCGACGGAGCUACAAACCGAGAUGCUGUUAGAAAUGGCCAUCGAUGGUACGCUGCUCGGUAUUAUGUACAGUGGAUGGUAUCCCUGGUUCUAGAUGUAGAUCAAACAUGUCAUUUAUUGAUUCCAAUCGAUUAAAUCGUCUGCGAUGGUUUCCAACUAAUAUAUUUAUUCAUAAUUCAUAUGUUAAAGAACAGCUCAUAUGUAAAAUGGUCUAAAUUAUUAUACUUAUAUACAGUAAAACUUCUUGUAGAAAUGAAUAUAACGGUAAACCAAUCCAAAAGCUUUCAACAGAAUUUUAUUUUUUUCCGAACCUUGAAACAAAACAUCUGCUAGUAAAGAAGAAUUAUGGAUGAUUUAAUAAAACCUCCAUGCUUCAGAUUUGUAGUACCAAAGCGAUCGGUGUGUGUGUGCCUGUCCACCAUACAUAGGCCUGUUUCCG